AUGGAUUACGAAGCGCCUAAUUUUGUUUACGGUAGCCUAAUUGAUCUCGCCGAUCUCAACUCGACUAUUACUCCUAAAAAAUAUGGCGAGGCAAAUAUUGUUAGAUUUUUUAUACUUACAACGGAAGAAGAACUAAUUGUUCCCAAGGCUGCUAAUCAAACAGGUAUUUCAAGGAGCACAGCGUAUAAAUUGAAGGGAGCGUGGAGUGACAGCAAUGGAACAGUUUAUCCCUCAGACUGUAUCAAGCAAAAAUCAAAAGCUAAUUUAAACACGAGAUUCAGUAAUAAAACAUUGAAUUCGGAAUACACAGCCUUUCUCAUUGAGCAAAUAGACAACAAACUUAGUAUAACCAUUUCUGGCGUAUUGCAGUUACUUUUCUCUAGGUUUGAAGUCCUUUCAAUUUCUAGUUCUGCCGUGAGAAACCACAUGGUCAACCAUUGGAAAUUUUCACUUAAAAAUGUCAAGCUGUAUGAUCUUGAAAGGGAAUCUAAUAGAACAAUUCGAUUGCGAUCCGGAUCUAUCAAUUCUCGGAAAGCUGCUGGUGUGGACUAUAUGAAAAAUCGUGUAUUUUUCGAUGAAGCCGGUUUUAAUAGUCAUCAAACAAGAAGCCGUGGAUGGUCAAAAGUUGGUGUACUUGCAGUAGCAAAGAUCCCUAAGAACAAAGGUGUCAAUAUCUCCAUUAUCGGAGUGGACCAAUUUAAAUUUGUCAAUGAUUGUAUAAAGAAUAGAGACUAUAAGCCGCUACUCAUGUCACCAUAUUCACCCUUCUUGAAUACAAUAGAAGAAUGCUGGUCCAAGAGCAAGUCGUAUAUGAAGCGACAUCCUUUGUCUGAAACUGAUCAGCCAACCCCAAUAAUAGCCACCGUGUGUAAAACCGUAUCUGUAGAAGAUUGUCAAGGAUAG